AUGAUCGCGAUCCCAGGUCAACAAAUCCGAUCGGAUCUGACCGGAUCCAACCAUCCGACAUGGGAUCCGAUCGGAUCCGAGACUGAUCUGAUAAAAUCCUAUAUUGGAUCCGAUGGGAGCCGAGUAUGGGAUUAUUCGACCUGGGGUGAUACAUUUUUUCAAUUCAGCCCUCCUCAUAUCUUACAGAGCGACAAUGGUCGUGAAUUUGUUAAUGAAUUAAUCAGUAGUCUUCAAUUAGAUUUUCCGGGUAAUAUAAACUUCAAAUUGUGA